AUGCGUGGUGCCGAGACUGGUAACGUUCAUGGGUCGGACCAUGUCCUCGUUCGUGCACGCUUGAAAGCUCAUCUUUCAUCCGCGCCAAAAAUGUCACGUCUUAGACGCCUCGAUGUCGCAAAAAUCCGGCAAACCAGCACUGCUGAGGCCCUGAGCAGAGAAAUCCGCUCCUGUUUUACGACCCGAACCGACGGAGAAGGCAGUAACCGGUGGUCGUCACUAAAAACGUCAGUCUGUGGGGCAGCUGAGAAAAUCCUUGGAUACACCCAACGACGCCGCAGUGACUGGAUCAGCGGAAGAACCGUGCAGUUGUCUGCUCAGACGGCUCGAGCUAGGGCCCGUAACGAUGACUGCUUCCACCAACUUCGAAAGAUGACGGCAAAAUCGGCUAGGGAUGACCGGAAGCAAUACUGGGCUGAAAUGGCGACCUCCAUGGAACAGGCCUCGAACUUUGGUGACACUCUAAAACUCCGCCAAGUUAGCGGUAAAUCGUCCACACUGAGUGACUCUGUUGGCGACGUGAAUGGCGGCUUUAUUGCUGACAACUCGGCCAAAGUCGAGCUCUGGCGUGUGCACUUCGAGCACCAUCUCAACUUCGACACCCAACCCACCACGUCCUUGCUCUCCUCUUCAGUGGAGUUUCUUCCCUCUCCCACCUAUGCGGUGCCAUGCGACCCCCCCCCUCUGACGGAGAAGUCGUUGAUGCUAACGAAAGCCACGCAACAAUAA